ACAGAACGAACAUAUUUAAAUAAAUUUUGCCAUUGCUUAACUUUUUUAGUUAUUCAAUUUAACUAUCAUCAUCAUGUCUGCUAGUCCCGAUUGCUUCCUUAUCCUUGAGGAUUCUACUAUUCUCUCAGGUAAAGCUUUUGGUGCACAUUUGCCAGUCGAUGGUGAAGUGGUUUUUCAAACCGGAAUGGUUGGGUAUCCGGAAUCCAUGACUGAUCGUUCAUAUCGAUCUCAAAUAUUAGUUCUGACAUAUCCUUUGAUUGGUAAUUACGGUGUACCUAGCUUUGCUGAAAAAGACGAAUAUGGUUUACCACAGCAUUUUGAAUGGUUGGAUGGAAUUUCUGUUGCCGCGUUAGUAGUAGGAGAAAUUUGUGAAACACCAUCUCAUUGGCGUGCUAAGGAAACUCUAUCGAGUUGGAUGGAGCGUCAUAAGGUGCCUGGUAUUAGUGGUGUGGACACGCGUGCUUUAACAAAGAAAAUUCGUGAAAACGGAACUAUUUUAGGUCGUUUGGUCUAUGAGUAUCCCAGCAAUUUGGAGUCUUUAACGUUUCCUGAUCCUAAUAUACGAAAUUUAGUCGCGGAAUGUUCAGUCCAAGAACCUAUGGUUUUCAAUGAAUUGGGUUCACCACGUAUAUGUGCUAUUGAUUGUGGCCUAAAAUUGAAUCAAGUAAAAUGCUUUAUAUCUCGUGGUGCACGCGUUGAAUUGGUACCUUGGAAUUAUAAUUUGGACGAAAGCAAAUAUGAUGGUCUAUUUAUUUCUAAUGGUCCUGGUGAUCCAAUUAUGUGCAAAGAGACUGUCGAACAAAUCAGAAAAGUCGUGGGAUCGGGUCAAAAGCCUAUAUUUGGUAUAUGUUUGGGUCAUCAACUAUUAGCCACCGCUAUCGGCUGCGAAACUUACAAAAUGAAAUACGGCAACCGAGGACAUAACUUGCCGUGCAUACAUCAUGACACGGGCCGUUGUUUCAUGACCUCGCAAAACCAUGGAUUUGCUGUCAAUACGGAGACUUUACCCAAGGGUUGGGAGCCUUUGUUUACCAAUAUUAAUGAUAAUACGAAUGAAGGCAUUAUCCAUAAAAUAAAACCUUAUUUUUCGGUGCAAUUUCAUCCAGAACAUACUGCUGGUCCCGAAGACCUAGAGGUGUUGUUUGAUAUUUUCUUGGAAGCGAUUAAAUCACAAAAUGAAUCUUCAAUAAGUUUACGUCAGCGCCUAAUCGAUUGUCUAGCUUACGUACCAAAACCGGAGAGCACUUUUAAAAAAUUGCCUCGCAAGGUUCUUAUCUUGGGUUCAGGUGGUCUUUCCAUUGGUCAAGCCGGUGAAUUCGAUUAUUCCGGCUCUCAGGCUAUCAAAGCGAUGAAAGAAGAAAAAAUUCAAACUGUGCUUAUAAAUCCUAAUAUUGCCACCGUGCAGACAUCCAAAGGUUUGGCUGACAAAUGUUAUUUUUUGCCCUUGACGCCAGAAUACGUUGAGCAAGUGAUUAAAGCCGAAAGACCAAAUGGAGUUUUAUUAACUUUCGGCGGGCAAACAGCAUUAAAUUGUGGCAUAGAAUUGGAUAGUUUAGACGUCUUUACCCAAUAUAACGUGAAAAUUUUAGGAACUCCUAUUAAAUCAAUUAUUGAAACUGAAGAUCGUAAAAUCUUCGCUGAACGCAUUAAUGAGAUCGGCGAACGAGUGGCACCCUCGCAAGCUAUCUCAUCGGUCGAGGAAGCUCUACUAGCAGCUAAACGUAUAGGUUAUCCGGUUAUGGCUAGAGCUGCUUUCUCUCUAGGAGGUCUGGGAUCAGGUUUUGCUGAUUCUGAAAAAGAAUUGGAAACUUUAGCUCAUCAAGCUUUUGCUCAUUCCAAUCAAUUAAUUAUCGAUAAGUCUUUAAAAGGCUGGAAAGAAGUUGAAUACGAAGUAGUGCGAGAUGCGUUCAAUAACUGUAUUACGGUUUGUAACAUGGAAAAUCUAGACCCGUUGGGCAUCCAUACGGGAGAAAGCAUUGUUGUGGCACCUUCGCAAACCUUAUCUAAUCGCGAGUAUAAUAUGUUGAGAACUGCUGCGCUGAAGGUUAUACGUCAUUUCGGUGUUGUUGGCGAAUGUAACAUACAAUUUGCCUUGAGUCCUUAUUCGGAGGAGUAUUACAUUAUUGAAGUUAAUGCGCGAUUAUCUAGAAGUUCGGCUUUGGCCAGCAAAGCCACGGGCUACCCGUUGGCUUAUGUGGCCGCCAAGCUUUCUCUGGGUAUUUCGUUACCCAGCAUCAGGAACUCAGUGACAGACGUAACGACUGCUUGCUUUGAACCCAGUCUAGAUUAUUGCGUAGUGAAGAUACCCCGAUGGGAUUUGGCAAAAUUUGUGCGUGUCAGCAAGAAUAUCGGCAGUUCCAUGAAGAGUAUCGGUGAAGUAAUGUCCAUUGGUCGGAACUUUGAAGAAGCCUUUCAGAAGGCAUUGCGUAUGGUAGAUGAUACAGUUCAUGGAUUUGAUCCCUAUCAUUACAAAGGUAAUAAUGAGGAACUAAAAGAGCCCACCGAUAAGAGGCCUUUCGUUCUUGCUGCAGCUUUGAAAGACAACUAUUCUAUUGACGAAUUGCAUAGUUUGACUAAAAUCGAUAAAUGGUUUUUAAACAAAAUGCUUAACAUUGUGAAGUUCUACACUUUAAUGGAAAAAACCGGCAAUAUUUUGACCGCUCAACAAAUUUUAGAAGCCAAACGCAUGGGUUUUUCUGAUAAACAGAUAGCGCAAGCUAUUAAUAGCACGGAGUUGGCAGUGCGUAAACAACGUCAAGGGUUAGGGAUAACACCGUUUGUCAAACAAAUUGAUACGGUGGCCGGCGAAUGGCCUGCAACCACUAAUUAUUUAUACAUAACAUAUAAUGCCGCCGAAAAUGAUAUCGAUUUUCCAGGAGGCUUCACCAUUGUAGUAGGCUCAGGAGUUUACCGCAUUGGCUCUUCUGUCGAGUUUGAUUGGUGUGCAGUUGGCUGUUUGCGUGAAUUAAGAAAUCUUGGCAAAUCCACAAUUAUGAUUAACUGUAAUCCGGAAACUGUCUCUACUGACUACGAUAUGUGUGACCGAUUGUAUUUUGAAGAAAUAUCUUUUGAAGUGGUAAUGGACAUUUACGAACUGGAACGUUCCGAAGGCGUUAUACUGUCAAUGGGCGGACAAUUGCCCAAUAAUAUAGCAAUGGAUUUACAUCGCCAACAAACAAAAGUUUUAGGUACUUCCCCCGAAUCUAUAGACCGUGCUGAAAAUCGUUUUAAAUUUUCUCGUAUGCUGGAUAGCAAGCGUAUAUUACAACCAAAGUGGAGUAUAUUAACCGAUCACAAAGCGGCUGAAGAAUUUUGCCGAGAAGCUGGAUACCCUUGUUUGGUUAGACCGUCCUAUGUGCUAUCUGGGGCUGCAAUGAAUGUUGCCUAUUCUGAUCAAGAUUUACUGACUUAUCUAAAUGCUGCUUCUCGUGUAAGCAAAGAACAUCCAGUCGUUAUAACGAAAUUCGAAAUCGACGCGAAAGAAAUUGAUGUUGACGCAGUCGCUGCAGAUGGCGAAAUAUUAUGCAUGGCCGUGUCUGAACAUGUAGAAAAUGCGGGAGUCCAUUCCGGAGAUGCUACGUUGGUAACACCCCCACAAGAUUUGAAUACAGAAACAUUGGAAAACAUUAAACGUAUUACUCGUGAUUUGGCCGCUUUGCUAGAUGUAACCGGACCUUUUAAUAUGCAGCUUAUAGCCAAGAAUAACGAGUUGAAAGUUAUUGAGUGUAAUGUACGCGUGUCACGGACAUUUCCUUUUGUAUCGAAAACUUUAAAUCAUGAUUUUGUGGCCACGGCUACCAGAGCUAUCAUGGGUUUGCCCGUCGAACCAGUAGACGUAUUGCAUGGAGUGGGAAAAGUUGGUGUCAAAGUGCCUGUUUUUAGUUUUUCACGUUUGGCUGGCGCCGACGUGCAGUUGGGUGUCGAAAUGGCUUCAACGGGGGAGGUAGCUUGCUUCGGCGACAAUCGUUUUGAGGCCUAUUUAAAAGCCAUGAUGUCGACAGGUUUUCAGAUACCCAAGAAAGCCAUACUUUUAUAUAUAGGCUCUUAUCAGAACAAAAUAGAAUUGUUACCCGCUAUAAAGGAGUUAGCUCAAAUGGGUUACAAAUUGUAUGCAUCUAUCGGGACCGCAGAUUUCUAUGAAUCGCAUAAAGUCGACGUUGAAGCUGUGCAAUGGGGUUUUGAUAAGAACACUACAGGUGAUAUAAAUGGAGAAUUACGACAUCUGGCGGAAUUUUUGGCUAAAAAAGAAUUUGAAUUGGUUAUUAAUAUACCCAUGCGAAAAGGAGGAGCGAGAAGGGUGUCAACUAUAAUGACUCGGGGCUAUCGUACACGGCGCUUAGCUGUAGAUUAUUCUAUACCAUUGAUAACAGAUGUCAAGUGCACUAAGCUGUUGGUUGAAUCUAUGAGGCUUACGGGUCGUAGUACACAUAUGAAAACUCAUACAGAUUGCAUGACUUCAAGGCGUAUGGUCACUCUGCCUGGUUUCAUUGAUGUUCAUGUUCAUUUGCGCGAACCCGGUGCCACGCAUAAGGAAGAUUUCGCUAGUGGCACAGCUGCCGCUUUAGCAGGUGGUAUAACCAUGGUUUGUGCGAUGCCCAAUACUGAUCCCUCGAUAGUGGAUUGUGCCAGUUUUACAUUAUUUCAACAGUUGGCCAAAGCUGGAGCCCGUUGUGAUUACGCUUUGUAUGUGGGAGCAAAUGAUACAAAUUGGCAGCAUAUCCAUGAAUUGGCCCCUCAAGCAGCUGGCCUCAAGAUGUAUUUAAAUGAUACAUUCAGCACAUUGAAAAUGACAGAUAUGACCGUUUGGGAAAAACACAUGCAAAAUUGGCCUAAACGAGCCCCGAUAGUUUGCCAUGCGGAACGUCAAACCAUGGCUGCUGUAAUACUGGUUGCACAAUUAAUGGAUCGUCCUCUCCACAUAUGUCAUCUGGCGCGUAAGGAGGAAAUACUAUUGGUAAAAGCUGCGAAGGAGAAGGGUAUACGCGUAACGUGCGAAGUGUGUCCCCAUCAUUUGUUUUUGUGCGACAAAGAUAUACCUACUAUUGGGGAAGGUAGAUCUGAGGUACGGCCUGUGCUAUGUACUCAAGAAGAUCAGAAAGCUUUAUGGGAUAACUUGGAGCACAUCGAUGUAUUUGCAACCGAUCAUGCUCCGCACACAAAUGAGGAAAAACAGGCGGGAAACCCUCCACCUGGUUUUCCGGGACUAGAAACAAUACUACCAUUAUUGUUGAAGGCCGUCGAUGAGGGACGCUUGACUUUUGAGGAUAUUAAAAAUAAAUUUUAUCGUAAUCCGAAAAGAAUUUUCGGUCUUCCCGAACAGCAAAAUACUUACGUAGAAAUUGACCUGGAUGAAGAGUGGAUAAUAACGAAGGAAUGUAUGCAUUCUAAGGCCAAGUGGACACCGUUUGAAGGCACAAAGGUGAAAGGUAAGGUGCAUCGCGUUGUUUUACGAGGUGAAGUUGCUUUCGUGGAUGGCGAAGUGUUGGUAAAGCCGGGCUUUGGACAAAAUGUACGCAGCCAUUACAAUCUUAAAUCGUUAAAGCCGCAAUCACUGGAAUCUUUAGAAAUCAAAACGUCACUUGACAACUGGGAUAACAUGAAAUUGUUAGAUCGCGACAAUGAAUUCGUUAGUGAUUCACAAGCCAAUGAAGCGUUUUCGAAAUUAUUGGCUGAAGUUCCUUCGAAAGUCAGUGUACACUUUUCCGGUGAUGCUAGCAUAUUGCGUCCUGUAUCGCCUUUGCCACGCAUUCGUUGCGAUUCGGCUAGCAAUGCCACCUUCAGGGAACUUGUGCAGAAAACUGCCUUUGCCAACGCUCCCAUAUCGCCGGUGGCCAACAGUCUGCUAGGGCGUCAUAUUCUAAGUGUCGACAUGUUCAAUAAAGAGCAAUUAAAUGAUAUUUUCAAUUUAGCACAAUUGCUAAAGAGUCGUGUGGUUAAAGAUCGCCCCGUCGACGAUUUAUUGAAAGGUAAAGUUAUGGCUUCCGUAUUUUAUGAAGUCAGUACUCGAACAUCGUCCAGUUUUGCUGCGGCGAUGCAGAGAUUGGGUGGACAUGUUAUCGCAAUAGACAAUACAAGUUCGUCUGUGAAGAAAGGUGAAACUCUAGAAGAUAGUAUUUCAGUAAUGGGUGGUUAUUCGGAUGUUCUGGUAUUGAGGCAUCCAGAACCAGGAGCAGUCAGACGUGCCGCCCAACAUUCCCGUAAACCUGUAAUAAACGCGGGUGAUGGUGUGGGUGAACAUCCCACGCAGGCUCUGCUAGACGUAUUUACUAUAAGAGAGGAAUUCGGCACCGUAAACGGUCGCACGAUAACUAUGGUCGGGGAUUUGAAACAUGGACGUACUGUACACUCGCUGGCACGGCUUUUAACUCUAUACAAUGUACAAAUACAAUACGUAAGCCCUGAAAAUCUGGGUAUGCCUGAGCACAUAAUCAGGCAUUUGAAUGAAAAAGGCAUUAGUCAAAAGGUUUUAGGCACAUUGGAGGAGGCUUUGCCUACUACCGAUGUACUGUACAUGACAAGAAUACAAAAGGAACGCUUUGCCAGUGAGGAGGAAUACGAAAACUGUUGUGGCAAAUUUAUAGUGACACCAAAAUUAAUGACUAAAGCGCGACGUAGCACAAUUGUUAUGCAUCCUUUGCCGCGUACAUUCGAAAUCAGUAAAGAUUUUGAUACAGAUCCUAGGGCAGUUUAUUUCCGUCAAGCUGAAUAUGGCAUGUACAUACGUAUGGCUCUCUUGGCCAUGGUAGUGGGUUGUCGCAAUUAAUAUUCCAUUCAAGUAAACUGUUUUGCUGGUUAAUACAUUCGUUAGAUUUUAUUACUUUAAUAUGUUUUGCAUAUGUUCAUGUCAACUAUUAACAAAAACACAAAAUACACACAAAAGUGCAUAUUUUCUUAAAAAAAAAAAAAC